AUGCAUUUGUAUCGUUCUUUGUUUGCCUUGGUGCUCUUAGUUUCAGUUAAUGCUUAUAGAAUAUUAUUAGUGUACCCGUUACCUCUGAGAAGUCUAAACAAACUGGGUGAGGGUUUUGCGAGACAUCUCCUCAAUGCAGGGCAUGAGGUGACCUUUGUAACGCAUUAUCCCGUCAAAACUGUUACUGACAAUCUGCGUCAAAUCGAUCUAAGCAGUAACAUCGUGGAAAUGUCAGACAAUUAUACCUUCACUAUACGUAGUGUAAUGAAUUCAGAAGCAGUCGUAAAUGAUGUGAAAGUAUUGCAAGAUUACGCUAUAAUAAAUUCAAUCGCAAGUCUUGGUCAUAAGAAUUUUAAAGAAUUACUGGAAGACACGAAUCAGUCUUUCGAUGCCGUAUUGGUUGAUUAUUAUGAGAUUGAAAUUUAUGCUAGCAUAGCUUCUCUAUACGACUGUCCAAUGAUCUGGGCAACAUCAAUGGGACCCCAUUGGCAAGCACUGCGUCUGAUCGACCAACCUUCCAAUCCUGCUUAUACGGCUGAUUAUCUAUCAUCAAACAACGCACCUUUUACUUUUCGGCAGAGAGUCGAAGAAUUAUGGGCACAAAUUAAGUGGAAUUGGCUGAAAUGGACAUAUACCCUGCCGAAAGAAAAGGAAACAUUCGAAAACAUAUUCAGGCCUCUAUUUGAAAAACGUGGGAAGUCAUUACCCGACUAUAACACUUUGUUGUAUAACGUCUCCCUCAUGUUUAGCAACGACCACAGCACUUUCGGUGGGGUACCAAGUAUUCCUCAAAGCAUGAAACUAAUUGGAGGUUACCAUAUUGAACAUCCACCUAAACCAUUACCAAAGGACCUGCAACAGCUCAUGGACAACGCUAAACAUGGAGUGAUAUACUUUAGUAUGGGAUCGAUAUGGAGAAGCAAAGAUUUUCCUAAAUCUACGAUUGAGGACUUACUCAAGGUUUUUGGAAAACUUCAGCAAAUUGUCAUCUGGAAAUUCGAAGAUGACCUAUCAAAUGUGCCGGCCAACGUGAAAAUCAUGAAGUGGGCUCCACAACCCAGCAUUUUAUAUCAUCCAAACUGUGUUGUCUUCGUAACACACGGAGGUCUACUAUCUUCUACUGAAUCUAUUCACUUCGGAGUACCAAUAAUAGGCAUACCAAUAUUCUUCGAUCAAUUUUUAAACAUUAACAAAGCGGCGUCUAAUGGGUAUGCGAUAAGAGUACCCUUAAAUUAUGAAUUGCCCAAAAAUUUGGAAGUCGCCAUCCAAACUAUGCUCUCCGAUCCAAAGUACAAAAAAUUAGCAAAGGAUUUCUCGUCAAUCUAUCAUCACCGGCCGCUGCCUCCAGGGAAAGAAGCAGUCCAUUGGAUCGAGCACGUGAUAAAGACAGGAGGUGCUAUACAUUUGAGAUCUCCCGCACUGAACGUACCUUUCUACCAGAAAUUCUACUUAGAUCUGACCGCCAUUUUGUUCUUUAUAAUAUUUAUGUUUUCUAAAAUAGUUAAAGUAAUGCUAUCAAGAAAAUACUCUGAUCUAAAAGGAAUAAAAGAAAAAAAUAAUUAA